AUGGAAGGAGGCAAUGGGAACGAUGAUAUACAGUGCACAAUUGCAGAGGAGAAGACUCAGAAUUUUAUGUCACAAUGGUCUGAAAUUUCAGAAAAAUAUAACAAAAGUUUGAUUGAGAUUGAUGAAAAAUAUAAACAGAAAGAGAAAGAGACACAGAGAAUUCUCAAAGAAAAACUACAACAACUCUCUGAAAAAUAUGCAAUUUUACAAAAGAGCAGGCAGGAGAUGUUUUUGAAAAAGAGGAGGCAGGAGAUGUUUCUUGUUGACACAACUCAAGAGAAAGACGAAGAGGAGAAAACAGAAAGUGAAAAACCAAAGCCACAAUCUCUGGACUUUGACAACGAAAAAAAUGGGCUUAUUACUCUUCCGACGCCGUCACCGCCAUCGUCAACACCAAUGCCGCCGCAGAAACCACCGCAAGUCACAACAACUUUGACUGCGUCCCAGCCUACAAAAUCACCAGAAACAUUCUCUACUCCACCUGCGGUGUUGUCUCCACCGCAGAAACCACUGGAUCAACGUUUACACUCACCAUUGCAGCCACCGGAAAAUGACUCUUCUCUAAUUCCGUCGUCACCGCCGCCGCCGAAACCACCGGAUUUGUUCAUAUCUCAGUCUCCACCUUCAACUCCGCCGCUACCGCCUUUGCUAAAGCCACCUGACGGAGUUCUGACUCUAUCCCCACCGCCGCAACAGCCGGAAAAGGUUUUAUUUUUUCUCCCGGCAUCGCUGCGUCGACCGCCGGAACCGCCGCAUCUACAUUCGACGCCGGAAUCCAUUUUACCUCUACCUCCUACGCCACCGGACCUAAUAUCAUCGUCAGACAAAGUUUUAGUUCUACCACCGUUGCCACGAAGCCACCGAAUCUUACAUCUCCGUCGUUGA